GCAGAAUACCUUCAUUUAGGUUGCUGUAUAUAUAAAAGGUUGUAAAGAUGGCGGUGGAACUCUACAAAUUCGUCUCGACACUAUUCAAAUCUUAUAUAGAAACCGUCAGGUUUUGAUGUCCUUGAGCCACGACCAAAACGCCACCAUGACCACCACAGCCACGGCCAAUGUUACAAUCCAGCACUCUCCAGAGAAAAGGUACAUAUGCAUCAAAUACCCGUUUCAUCCGCUUACAUGCUAACUAAGUCUAUAGUGCGGAGAAAAAAGCCCAAGCAUCUUUGACACUGGACAAAUAUCUCUACGCCGCUCCUCCAAACAUGAUCGAACGGCUCAGUCAAGGAGUCACGACUUCGAAGAAGGAAUUCCGAGCUCAAGUCAAAAAGUCAAUCGUGGCUUUUGAUGAGGCUUUCGAAGAGAAGAAGUGAUGCAUGAGACAUCUUGCAAAAAGUGCUUUCACGAUCUCCUCGAUGAUCGCUGAAGAUAGGACAUCUGUUAGAGUUUUGAUUGGAUUGUUGAGAGAAAGCUUGAAGAUGGUUCUCAAGGCUGUGGAUAACGUUAUAUACUUUUUACGCCGGAUUUUGAAUGAUGUAUUCAAAAGUUUGUUGGUUGGUUGAAUAAUUCUCUACAAAGAUUUUUUGUGUUGAGAAGAUUCAUUGCUCCAUACGGAGGAUUUGGUGCGCGGUUCGAGGAGGGACGUGACUAUA